AUGGAUUUUAGUCUUUAUUCUCAUAUUUGUGGAAGUUCCGUUGUGUAUGAAGUACCUUUAUUAAUAAUUCCUAAAUUUAUUAGUGAUAAGUUUAUCAAAACAUUCGAGAAUAAUUAUGUUAGGACUGCAGGAUAUUUGUUAUUUGCCACGUCAAUGAUGAUUAUAGGUAUAGUUGAACAUUGGGCUUACAUCCUACCUGGCAUUACCUUAGCUAUUACAGGAUUAUGUUAUUGUAUAGCCGCAAUAAAACACCAAGAACAUAAAGCUAGUUCUAUCACGGGGGGUACAGGUGUUGGGAGUUUGGUAUAA